GAUGAAAUCAAACCAAAAUCGAUCCAAACCGACCGAUUGACACCCCUGUGAGUCUUAUGCAUCUCACGUAGUGAAAUGAAGCUCUAAAAUGCACUUUUCUUUCUCUGCAGACCAAAUCGAAGGUUUCUCAAACGGAUCCUACGAAGUGAUAAUUUUGGCACAGAUCUACUCCUUCAUUCCAACUUUGAACUCUGGAGAACUCGGGUAAAUCUCUACACAGUAAUCCUUUUAAAUUAGGUACGUUUCAUACUUUUAUUUACAUAUUGGUUUGUGCCUAUUGUAAAUACAAGGGCUGAAGCAUUUGAAUCUCCUAUAUAAUAUAAUGGCUAGAUCACUAUCUAGUUUACUCUUGAAGGGUGUUGCAGGCCUUCCAGCUGCCCAUGCCUUGAGGACAGCGGUGGCAGGAUCUUUCUACCAUCAUGUCAGGACCUAUUCUACUAAUUUGACUGAUGAUCCUGAUACUCAUGACGACUUUAGACCCACCAGCAAGCUUGUCGGAUCUGACAUCUCUAAUGAUGCCAUUGUCAAGCAGGAUGUCAAGGAAAAUCCUGUGAUGAUUUAUAUGAAAGGAGUUCCUGAUAUGCCUCAAUGUGGAUUUAGUUCACUAGCAGUUAGAGUACUGAAAGCAUACAAUGUUCCUUUCGGUGCUAGAAAUAUUCUGGAAGACCCUGAACUGAAGACUGCUGUUAAAGCCUUCAGCAACUGGCCUACAUUCCCUCAGAUAUUCAUCAAAGGAGAAUUCGUUGGAGGAUCUGAUAUUAUUCUCAAUAUGCACCAGACUGGGGAACUGGAGGAAAAGCUCAAGGAUGUUUCUGCCAACCAGGAAAGCAAGGAAUAGACGCUGCUCUUGCAUCUAAGAUGCUGAGAUUUUUUGGAGGGCGAUUAUUUGUUUCUACCACAUAUUCCUGUGUGGUCAAAAGAUGGGCAAGAGAAGGUAUAUCUUAUGAGUAAUUUCAGCAAUAAAUUGAAUGUGGUAAAAGGAUACAGAAUGUUUCCCUUGCAAUUUUUAUUAGAGUUUGUGUUGUUUCUUGAUUUGCAACUAAGUGAUAGAAGGAUAUAUAAUAUUUUUUUUUGCGGGGUGCAUCUUCUGUGAAUCUCAGACAUUACCACCCAAUUCUCAGGGCUGAAACCAAUGCAAAUGAAAUAACAAGGCUUCAAUAUUCUUUUGGAA